AGGAGUGACGUCAUUACGCACAGCACGACGUCCGGAGAAGAUAAACAAAAGGAAGGAAGCCUUCGCUCACACAAUCGCGGCAAAAUCGGUUUAAAUAUUUCUCUCAUAAGCCUCCGCUAGCGAGUUCAUGUGCGCUUUUGUUCGUCCAGCUGGACAAAAUUAGGCUCUGUCCGCCAUGGACGACGCGAUUUUAUUUCGUAUGAGCGCGUUCUCCAAUCAGGGAGGCAGAAAAUAUAUGGAGGAUGUUAUGGAGAUAAGGAUCGAGUACGAGCCGACGGCGUCGCCGCUCGAAGAGGAUCCAAAGUCGCAAAGACACGGAGGCGAAAAGCCGGAGAGAGAAGCCACGCACGAGCAGAACAUUAGCACGGAGUCCGGUCCGGCUUCUGCGGUCUGGGUCCAGAGUGAGUCCGAGGACGGAAAAGUGGGCGACCCGCGGAGGUCUGUGGCGUUUUUCGCCGUGUUCGAUGGCCAUGGAGGUCGAGAAGCGGCACAUUUCGCCAGAGACAAUCUGUGGGAUUUGUUGAAGAGACAGCGAGGCUUUUGGUCGAAGGAUCACAGCGAAGUGUGCGCUGCUCUGAGAAAAGCCUUCAUCGCCUGUCACCACGCCAUGUGGAAAGAGCUACCUGAGUGGCCAAAGACCAUUACUGGCCUGCCCAGUACUUCAGGCACCACCGCCAGCGUGGUAGUGAUUCGGGGAGUUCACAUGUAUGUUGCCCAUGUGGGAGAUUCAGCAGUUGUGGUUGGGUUGAAAGAAAAUGACUCUGAUAUCAGCCUCCAAGUUCUGGAGCUAACGCAGGACCACAAACCUGAACUUCCAAAAGAGAAAGAAAGGAUUGAACGACUAGGCGGCAGCGUUAUGAAGAAAUCUGGGGUGAACCGUGUCGUAUGGAAGAGACCCAGACUGACACACAACGGUCCUGUGAGAAGGAGUACUGUCAUUGACCAGAUUCCCUUCCUAGCUGUUGCCCGAUCCCUCGGUGAUCUUUGGAGCUACGAUUUCUACAGCGGGGAGUUUGUUGUUUCCCCAGAGCCCGAUACCACCGUAAUGACCCUCGAUCCCAAACGCCACCGCUACAUCAUCCUGGGCAGUGAUGGUCUGUGGAACAUGAUGCCACCAAAGAACGCUGUCAACAUGUGUUAUAACCAUGACAGUUUGACGACAACAAAGGUAAUGUCCUGCGCCCGUCGGCUGGGAUGCACAGCGCUGUUGUUUUGGAAACAGCGCAUGCUGCGUGCAGACAACACAACGGUUAUUGUGCUGGCACUACAGCAGCGUGGCGUCCUGCCUAUAACGAUGCAUCAGGAUGAGAUCGUGGUUGACAUGGCUACAGGAAUUGACCACGUCCCACACCCUGGGACCCCUUACAACACGUGUGAAGUCAGAAAGUGGAAUACUGCGGCGAACCCUCCAUCCCUGUUUGACGACGGCAGCCUCACUCCAGAGCAGACAGCCGGACUGUGCAAAGUGGCAUUCUGCACCUCACCGCAGGCCCUGCCUGACGUCAACACCACGAGGGCAACGCUGCCACUUUUAGACGGUUCAGGGAAUGUUUUCGAAACACAAGACUCGAGCACACAGAUAGACCCCACCUCCUCUGCGCCGCCAGUGAAAAACCUUGUCCGUCUCCCCAUGUCGCCCCCGAACUCAGAGCCCCCUCAUGACCAUUGAUCAGUCCCAAACAAAAGCCUGCCUCACAAAACACCUCAAAGGCGGCGGCAAAGUGAGCAAGCGCAUCACGGUCGCGCUCAAGCGGCAGAACGAAGCUUCCUCUGAGGAACACGGUAUCCUUCCACAGCGCCACAAUGCCUCGUUGUGCGUCUGCUGAAAAGGCGAUCAUCUAUAUUGAUUGUUUUUCAAGAGUGUCAGAGGCGUACCCAUAAAUAAGAACACUUUUAUAUUAAAUGUUUGUUUGGUUUUUAAUAUGUGGCAUAUUUGAGAUUUUGAAUUAGUUGCCAUCUUGGUCCUUUCUCCUGUGACUAAUCCGUGAUGGUUGUUUUGCCACUCCACCAUCUUUAAAUUUUUUAAGGGUUUGAGGAAAAUAUGUAAGAUUUUAGAUUGUAUUUUCAUACCUAAAUCCCACAUAGCAUAACCAAAAAAAACAAAAAGUGUGUUAAUCUCUGUAAUCCAUCACAGCAGGUUACCAUUUUUAAUUAUUUAUUUCUCACAUUAAAAAUUAAGCUUUUUUUUUAUCAUAAUUCUUUUGUUUGAUGUAUUUUUCUUCCAUUCUUUUUUAAAAUUUGGAUACUGACUGUUGGAAUAACUGUUACCCUUCAUUUUAUCAGUAUACCUGUUAAAUCUUUGUGAGCGUAUCCUUAGUGAUGAUGUCACAGAGGUUUGCAGUUAGUUGGGCUUUUAUCAUCUGAUCUGACGUUUUUAGGCAUCAGUUCCUGAAAUUUCCACUGCCACAUCGGCACAAACAGAAAUUUAGCAAUGAUGCUCAUAGCGCUACACUGUCGAGAAACGAUGCUCUGGUUUGCAAAUCUUGCCAUCAAGUUUUCAUUCAGGAUGUGUCUUUGUUAGGUGUUUUAGUGCCAUGUUUGUCAUAUACUGCACUAAAAACAGCUGAAAACUGCUCACAGUGAGGUGUGUAUCCAUACAGUAAUUUGUGCCUCCCAGUGGUCCAAGUAUUCACCUCACUUUGGUUUUGGCACACAAUGAUAUCUCAGAAUUUUGGCCCAUAAAACCAAAGCAUUUUCAUGCAGACAUCUUAUUUGUGUAUAUGUGGUUGAACUCUCCCUUUAAUUACACUUUAUUAAAUGACAGUAACAUUGUGGUAAUUUCCUAAGGAGCCCCAAGCAGGUCUUUGGUACCACUGAGGGAGACUAUACACUUAACAAUCCAGCUUCAGUUGACCAUAGCGUACACAAAAAUGUGGGCGACCUUCCCAGAGUAGCAGCUAUAGCCAGAUGGGCCAAAAUUUCAAAAAGCUCAAAUUGUGUUGAAAGGUAUACCACAUUAUGGUUGGAUUAUAAGGAUUCCAAAAAGAUAUGGUUGUACUAGCUAUGGCUGAAUGUUGUGGAGUAAAAUGGUAAAAAUAUUGACAAAGGCUAAAAGCAAUUUGUAAAUGAGUCAAAAAUUAUAGUUUGCUCCAAUUUUGGUAACAUGUGAUGCAAAUUAUUGUUUGAGCUAAUACCAUUAAAAAAAAAAAUACAUACAUUUUUUGGGGGGGGAGGA